AGUAGCCAAAACAACUUUCAUUAAUUUGUAAACAUUGAAGUGGAAGCUUUCGACCGACGCAUUGUGAAGAUGUGGCGUCUUUUCCCCUUAUGAGAUUGGCUGAUCUCCUUCUCGCCGAUCUGGCAACCCUGGACCCUAUUUCUUGUUGGGACUUUCCAAGAACUAGAGAUGCCUUCGUUAUCAUUCCAUAGGUCCCAAAAUUCUGAAAACUGUGUGGCCUAGAUCUAGAUCUAGAUUUCUCGAUAGAUCUGUCUAGGCUAGAUUCUAUCUAAACCUAUGUGUAUGUGCGAGAGAGAUAACCAGAUCUGGAUCGAAGCUAGAUCACCCAAAAUAUCUCAUGGUGGAUUCCUCAGCGACAACUUGUUGGUGAACUUGUCAGUGCCAGCUCUUACUUUUACCCUCUAGGGGGGCAAGGACCUUUAUUAUACCAUAUACUGGUAUACCUUCAGAUCUCUUUUAGAGGAAAUGUGUGGACAAAAUGAACCUUUGAGAUAAAGUAUGCUUGCCCUGGCUCUUCAAUUUGACUCCAUGUACUCAAAUGUUUUGUGUGGUUUGGGUAUGCCAAACAACAUUCAAGGACCACAGUAAGAAAGAUUGAACGACCACAGUAAGAAAGAUUGAACGACCAUAGUAAGAAAGAUUGAACGACCAUAGUAAGAAAGAUUGAACGACCAUAGUAAGAGAGACAAGAAAGAAAAGUACACCUGAGAGUGGUUUUGUUGCCCUGACUUUGGGAAACUUGGAUAUUGCACAUAUAUAUCCCAGCAAAAUGGAGGAAAGAUAUAUGUGAUGACGCUUUGUUAGCUGUUGUCUCUACUCAGCAAGCCUCUGAAAUAGAUACUGAAUGAUUUUAGUUUUUCUUCAUUUGUACAGCUAAGUACAAUGAAUGGAACUGGACCAAAGAGGCUCCCAGGUCAUAUCCUGGCUCGGGGUGAGGAGCUCAGGAGACGACCCUUCCCUACCGGCCCUCCGUCCACUCAGCCAAUGCAUUUUUCCAAUGGCGUAUGUCAAGAUCAGGGCGUUAGUUCAAAAUUCGUCCCGAUUUCUCGACCUGCUGACAGACGACUUCUUACUCACUUCAAAACCAUCGACAAAGAUGAAUCAGAAAUGUUUGAAGAAUCUGACCCAGGGCCUGCCAAAAUACUCGAUGCUGGAUGUCUUCGUGAGCAAAGUCCUGCCGGCCAAACUGCUCUCGGACACUUGUCAUUGAGUGGAAAAUUGAGAUCCCCUCCUCUAGACUCUGGAAGGGAUCUCUUCAAGUCGGGGGAGUCUGAAAGCUCGAGUGACCCCUCGUGUUUUACUGGCCCAGGUCGGGUGCUGGACAGGGAGCCCGUGUCCAGUGUCUCCUCCUUCAGCAGUUCUGAUGCCAGUAAAUCGUGCUCGGAUCAGUCUGUCAGGACUGAGGUGGAUUUUGCUGACAUGGAAAAGCCAGAAGGGCAAGGGGGUGCUUUAGAUUUGAACGUUACUGGCCGUGAUGUUGGGCCAGCUUGUAAUGGCUUCAGAAAAAACUUUGUUUCUCAGAAAAUGGAGAACAGCACAAAGUGUAAUGAUUGUCUCGAAAUGUCAGGACACUCAGCACCAGGGAGUGUGACAUCUGGAAACAAAGAAAGGGACGGCAUAGUGGGGCAUGAACGUAGCGCUGCCGGUGAAGAGAAUAUUGGCAAGAGUCCUUCACCUUGUCGCGCUGCCUCUGAAGAUUCUGCCUGUUCGCAGGAGGACCGCAUGUUGUCUGAGAAGGGGAAACAGGCUCGUGAGCGGUACCAGAGUAGUGGUUAUGGGACAGGAUCAAGAGGCACUGGGGAUGAGAGUCCUGGCUCCAAGAAUCUCAGUGAUGGCUUACAAGAUUUGGUCUUCGCAGAGCCUUUUGAGGCAUCUGUUGAUCUGACAACUGUAGCAGAUGAUAAAGAGAUGUCCUUGGGUCAAAGAAGUCAAGUCUAUGUGGACGGUGAGAGAAGAGCCAGGCCUCUCUUGAAGGGUUUGAAAAGAGACAGUGUUAUGGCGUCGCCAGAGAGCUCUGUGACAUUAGGAAAGCCUAAUGCAGCACGUAGUGAUGAGAGCUUCGCUGUUCAACAUGAGGUGUGUCAUCAUCAGGGUCCCUUCAGUGCUAUUCAGAAACAUUCAACGGAGGCGAGCCUUGCUCAGACUAGUGACAGUGACAGCUCCAGCUUUUUUAUCUCUGAGAGAGAGUUGGAAGAUUCGAACAGUUCUGAAAAUUCUUGUCAACUUGCUACUAUUGAUGUUAAGGGUCACAGGGAGCCGAGAGAGACCUGCAAUGUAGAACCACUACUCCAUCAGGUCGGGGUAUUUUGUGAUAAAAACAGCGUUCCAAAGCCUCCAACAUUAAAGAAUGGACGGUGUGCAUCCUCUGAUUUGCGUGAGCAGUUGAAAAGCCUUGGAAAUGCACAGACCAACAAGGUUCUUCUGACUAUAGAGGAAGGCGAUAUCAGCAAAAAGGUAGAGAGUAUCCAGGAGUUACUCAAGCUGAUCUCCUGCCCCAGUAGCUCCUCUCUGCCUUUUGACGCAAGCCCGGACAUGGAUGUCGCCAAGCUUUUUCCGAGCGGGUGCUCGUCUGUUGGCUAUCCAGCGGGUCUGUACACUCUGAAUAUGAACAUUUCCGGCAAACUGAAUCGGACGAAGCGCUGUGAGGACAUCGUGUGUGUCGAUAAGUCGUGCCAGGAGAUCAAAGGUCGCCUAAAAGUCCUCGAGAACCCGCACUUGGGGCAGUUGGACGAGGAGCAGAAAGACUUGCUUCUGUCUAUGUACGACCACUGCUUGGAGUGCGGAGAGCUCAAAUGUCCUUUCUACUGGUGCAAGAGAGUUCCCUCCAGCGUUAGUUCUGACGACAACGAGGCCACAAGGCUGCUGUUUGUGAAGGAGUGUGUGGAGGGUUUCGUCGACUGGUCCGCCCUGCCUACCUCUGCCGGCCCGCAAUUCAUCAAGCCUAUCGGCUUACUGAACGACGGAAACCUGUGGUACACCUCUCUGGUCCCGUUAGGAGAAAAAGAAACGUUAGACUGGCAGCUGAAGCUGUACUCCAAGCUGCGAGACUUGAGGCAUGACAACUUUGUCAAGUUGCUGUGGGUGGCCUCCAUGGAGAACUCCGAGGACUCUGAUGAUCUGGGAAUUCUUGUGUGCUCCAGAUUUGUUGUGGGCCAGUCCUUGCAUGAGUACGUCCAGUCUGAACCGUUCAGCGUGAGGAGUGCCACGUCGGUGCUGUUGCAGCUCAGCUCUGCCGCGCAGCACCUCCACACUCUGGGGAUCGUCUACCUCAACUGGACCAGUUCCAACGUGCUGCUGUCAGAGACGACCCAGAGCCGGGUGUUACUCACCAACUUCUCCGCCUCGGUGCUCAUGGAGGAGGAAGUGGACCUUGGUUAUCUCCCCUGUGUCCUGCCCAAGCAUCUGUCUCCCCCUGAGCUUCUGUCUGGGGACGCGACAAUGAGCGAGCGGAGUGACAUGUGGGGCCUGGCGUGUCUCCUGAUGGAGCUGCUCGUUGGCAAACCCGUGUGGCACCACUGCAGACACGAGGAGCCGCACAUCCUGGAGCAGGAGAUGCGGGAAUUUAAGGCUCCGAUGAUUCCAGUUGGCAUUCCCAAGUUGGUUGUCCCUGUCUUUGAGGCUUGCUGGAAGGUUAACCCCCUUGAGCGACCGGCGAUGCGAAAGUUGCAGAGUCUGCUGCUGUAUUGCUUCCAGCAGGCGGAUGCCACCGUGUGCAGAUUUGAAAGUGUGUGCGGAGCUUCAUAACCUCGAGCAUGAAGUUUUUGUCUACGCACGUGCCUUUGUGCAACAUUUGUGUACAUUGCUCUCUUGCCUGUUUGUGUGCAUAAUUUGUUUUGUUCCCAUAAAUCCAUGAAUGUAUUUAUACAUACUUGUAUGUAUAUUACUUAAAUAUAUGUGAAGAGUGCUGGCUGACAAAAUGGGUUACUUCUUGGAUUCGAGCCCUAUGGAAAUAGAUAGAUCACGCUUAUAGGUGAAGUUUUUACAAUUUAUAAGUA